UUUUUCUGCGUUGCUGUCUGGGUUUUUACGGUAAUGGUGCUGAUGAGGGAUGAGUCGCGCUAUGUGAUGCUGUUGUUACUGCCAUUUCAUCAGCGGAUUUUCAAAAAAUAUCUCUCCAUCUUUAAACAUGGAAUUACCAUAAAAUGAAACCAUCGACAAGUUUUAAGGACGGCCAUUAGCCUAUUUCACAUGAAACUCACCAGUAUAGUAACAAAUCUCAGUGUAGAAUAAAAUAAAAUGAUAGCCUAGGACAAGGCCUAUUUGCGGAUUACUCCUUGGUGUUUGACUAGGCCUCCUGGGAUCACUGUUUCAGAGAGCAUCUUCGAGAGAAAAUAUUUCUCAAGAUCAUGGGGUUUGCUAUUGCCAGGCGUUGAUCGCCCAUCCAACCAGAUUCUGUGAGAUAUGGAAGCGAUAUGGCUGUACCAGUUUCGACUCAUCGUCAUUGGGGACUCGACAGUAGGAAAGUCGUGCCUGAUCCGGCGAUUCACCGAGGGACGCUUUGCGCAGGUGUCCGACCCCACAGUCGGUGUAGACUUCUUCUCAAGGCUAGUGGAGAUAGAGCCAGGGAAACGCAUUAAACUUCAAAUCUGGGACACUGCUGGACAAGAGCGAUUCAGGUCUAUUACCAGGGCGUACUACCGCAACUCUGUUGGUGGGCUACUGCUGUUUGACAUCACCAACCGUCGCUCCUUCCAGAAUGUGCAUGAGUGGCUGGAGGAGGCCCGCAGUCAUGUCCAACCUCACAGUAUCGUCUUCCUGUUGGUGGGUCACAAGUGUGACCUGGAGUCCCAGAGGCAGGUGAGCCAGCAGGAGGCUGAGAAGCUGGCAGGUGCCUAUGGCAUGCGCUAUGUGGAGACAUCGGCUCGCGAUGCCAUCAACGUGGAAAAGGCCUUCACUGAGCUAACGCAGGACAUCUUUGAGCUCGUGAAGAGCGGUGACAUCAACAUCCAGGAGGGUUGGGAGGGGGUGAAGAGUGGCUUUGUGCCCAAUGUGGUGCACUCCUCAGAAGAGGUCACCAAGAGCGACCGCCGGUGCCUCUGCUGAAUGUCCUGUCUGUCUGGUUGGCUUUACCCCCCCCCUCGCUCAGCCCAUGUAUUCCUGUAACAUUAUGACCCAUUAGCUCCCUUACUUAUCACCUGGCAUUUAUUUGGCUUUUUUUUUGGGGGGGGGGGGGGGGGGGUGAAGCUCGCAUUCAAUUGCCAAUCCCUGUGCACACAAGUUUCCAUUGCCCCUUCACAAGGGGAUUGAUGGCUGAUUUCAACCCUGUUAUGGUCAACCCUGUUAUGGUCAACCCUGUUAUGGUCAACCCUAUUUGGCACUUAAUAGGCCAUUGCUAUAUAGUAAUGGGAAAACUCUUUUUUUAAAUGAAGUUGAACAUGUGCUGUCACAUUAUGGCAGAAUGUUAUAAUUAGGUGAACCCCCCCCCCCCCCCCCCCAAAAAAAAAUAAUGUACCAAGUUACACUUCUCAAAGGGCACCGAAUUGGUGGAACGACCCAAUUGCCAAAGUAACCUUCCUCGCCUCUGUCGUACCUGUUAGAUGCACUUGAAAGAAAAGAAAUGCCCUGCUUUAUGGUGAGAUUUUCCUCUCUGUAGUUAUGCCUCAUCUUGUGCCCUUACGGAAGGAACACACCUCAAACUUUACAAGUCUGUCCUGGAGUCUGGAGCGCUCACACAACUUUCGGGAGGACACCUAACCUCCCUAGUCUGUUGCUGGCUGGUGUGUGCAAUACAAGGGGACACCAAAUCUAACUCUGCUCUUUAAACCCUCUCUAUGGAAAGAUCCAAUUCACAGAGGGAAGCAUGUGUUGUAUUAGCACUGCGUGAGCAUGCGGGGAAUGGCACACUGCUGUGUGCAAUGCCUCCUCUGCUUUAGUUCGUGAGACUGAUGUCACCACCAGACAAAUGAACAACCUGAGAACACAUCAUUGCCAUCAUCCCUUGGAUCAUAGAUAAGAUGGAACCAAAGUUUGUGUGUACCGAUUCAGUUGCCAACUGUGUUUCUAUAUGAGUAUCCACAGGGAAUUUGUACCGUUGAGUGUGGGUAUGCACUGUGAAAUGCCUAACAUCAAUGUUUUUAUUGCGGUUUGCGUCCUCGUUGCUCAUAUUAAAUGCACAGUUGGUGACAUGUACAACAUAUCACCCCUUUUAGCUUCCCUGUCCAUCGAUCAUAAUCAUUACAGAGAAUGUGUCUCAUGAGAAAGCCGUUUUAUGUACUCCGUUGGCUUAAACUGUACGCUCACCCCUUAAACAUUGACAUCUACCCAUAUGCCUCCUGAUGAACACUGAAGCUUUAAAUGGGGUCGGCUGCACUAGGGUUGUUUGCCUUAAGUGUCUUAAGACCUCCAUACUGUAUGGUCGUAUGCUUGUAGUUUUAAAACGAUUAUAAGCAACAUUCUGCAUAACGCAACAUGUCCGAUAUUUCUUCCCGCCCUACACUGUAAAAAAAAUAUAUAUAUAUUUAAAAAGGACUUUUUUGGAUCAACCUAAAAAAAAAUACUCCAACUGGUUACAAGUAACUAAGUUAGGGUUUCUCAAUUGAAAAACAACACAUUUGUUGAAACCAAAUACAGUCAUAUGAAAAAGUUUGGGCACCCCUGACAAUUUCCAUUUAUAAAUCAUUUGGGUGUUUGGAUCAGCAAUUUCAUUUUGAUCUAUCAAAUAACUGAUGGACACAGUAAUAUUUCAGUAGUGAAAUGAGGUUCAUUGGAUUAACAGAAAAUGUGCAAUAUGCAUCAAAAGAAAAUUAGACAGGUGCAUAAAUUUGUGCACCCCAAUAGAAAAAUCACAUCAAUAUUUAGUAGAGCCUCCUUUUGCUAAAAUAACAACCUCUAGACGCUUCCCAUAGCCUCUAAUGAGUGUAUGGAUUCUGGAUGAAGGUAUUAUGGACCAUUCCUCUUUACAAAACAUCUCCAGUUCAGUUAGGUUUGAUGGUUGCCGAGCAUGAACAGCCCGCUUCAAAUCAUCCCACAGAUUCUCAAUGAUAUUCAGGUCUGGGGACUGGGGUGGUCAUUCCAGAACAUUGUACUUGUUCCUCUACAUAAAUGCCCUGGUAGAUUGUGAGCAGGGUUUUGGGUCGUUGUCUUGUUGAAAUAUCCAGUCCCGGCGUAACUUCAACUUUGUGACUGAUUCUUCAAUAUUAUUCCCAAGAAUCUGCUGAUAUUGAGUGGAAUCCAUGCGACCCUCAACUUUAACAAGAUUCCCAGUACCGGCACUGGCCACAGCCCCACAGCAUGAUGGAACCACCACCAAAUUCUUACUGUGGGUGGCAAGUGUUUUUCUUGGAACGCUGUGUUCGUUUGCCGCGAUGCAUAACGUCCCUUGUUAUGACCAAAUAAAUCAAUCUUUGUUUCAUCAGUCCACAGCACCUUAUUCCAAAAUGAAGCUGGCUUGUCCAAAUGUGCGUUUGCAGAAAAGGAAAGGCUUCUUCCACAUCACUCUCACAUACAGCUUCUCCUUGUGCAAAGUGCGCUGAAUUGUUGAACGAUGCUCAGUGACACCAUCUGCAGCAAGAUGAAGUUGUAGGUCUUUGGAGGUGGUCUGUGGGUUGUUUUUGACCGUUCUCACCAUCCUUUGCCUUUGCCUCUUCGAUAUUUUACUUGGCCUGCCACUUCUGGCCUUAAUAAGAACUGUGCCUGUGGUCUUCCAUUUCCUCACUAUGUUCCUCACAGUGGACACUGACAGCUUAAAUCUCUGCGCUAGCUUUUUUUUAGCCUUCCUCUAAACUAUAAUGUUGAACAAUCUUUGUUUUCAGGUCAUUUGAGAGUUGUUUUGAGGCCCCCAUGUUGCCACUCUUCAGAGGAGAGUCAAAGAGAACAACAACUUGCAAUUGGUUAUCUUAAAUACCUUUUCUCAUGAUUGGAUGCACUUGUCUAUGAAAUUCAAGGCUUAAUGAGCUCACCAAACCAAUUGUGUGUUCAAAUUAAUCAGUGCUAAGUAGUUACAGGUAUUCAAAUCAACAGAAUGAGAAGGGUGCCCAUAUUUUUGCUUAGCCUAUUUUUCACAUCUGAUUUAAUUUCAUACAACUUAAUAUUGCUACACUAAAAAUCUUUGUCUGGACAAUACCCCAGUACUCAGCUUUUAUUAGAAAAUGAAUGGCAUGCCACUGUGAUCAUUUUCUGUGACGACAGAGUAAAUUAUUAUGCAGCCUCAGAGGGGUUCCCAAACUUUUUCAUACGACUGUAUAUGAUUCAAUGACGACAAUUUUAUUUCAUUAUUACCACACCUAUAUUUGAAGUUGCAAUGUAUUUUUUUUUUAACUCAACUUACUUUCCCUCUUUCGGUUAAACCUAAUAAAUAACAAAUACAAACUCA